ACCUGCGCGCCAGGUUGUGAAUGGAGGUUUGCAAUGGCUUUUUCAGGCCCAAAUAAAGACAGUAUCCGAGCCGGAUGCAAGAAGUGUGGAUAUCCUGGCCAUCUAACUUUUGAGUGUCGAAAUUUUGUCCGUGUGGACCCUCAAAAAGAUAUUGUUCUGGAUGUCAGUAGUACCAGCAGUGAGGACACUGAGGAGGAAGAGGAACUUCAGCAGUUGCAGGAUAUUAUUAACAAAAAAGAACCAAAACCAGAUGAUGAAAAGAAAGACCAUCACAAGAAGAAAAGGAAAGAUAAGAAAGGUGAACGCAGGAAAAGAUCUCGUUCAUCCAGUGAAGACAGAAGUGAGAAAAGGAGCAGAAAACAUAACAUCCUUAAGAAGAAAAAGAAAAAUAAGAAAAGAAAGCACAAAAGUCACAAGCAUCACCAAAAAGUUAAGAAGAAAAAGGACCGUACCACUUCUUCAUCUUCAUCAGAAAGUUCUAGUUCCUCUUCCGAUGGUGAUUAAUUCCAUACACUGUUCUACUCCCAGGUCUGUACUGGAAGGCAGUUUGUGUUUAAAUGCUUUUCUGUGUAGAUGGAUAUGGCUCUCUCUUUCAUGAAUAUUUCUUUGUGAAUUAGACAAGAUGUUGGCAAAUUAUCUAAACUUAUAAGCAAUGUCCAUUUUACUGCAUUGGAAGUUUUGUUUGUAACUUGCUGUUGUUGUUGAAUUUUACAUGGAAAAUGUUCAGACAGCAUUCUAUCAUUUGUGAAAACUCAAAUGGCUUUUACUAAUGAAGCAUUACCAAGGUGGCUGUUGUGUCUUUUGAUACCUCAAGGUCAAUAUUUGAUCAAUUACACAAACUACAAGAAGCACUCAAACAAAUAUAAAAAAUAUUUCAAUAUUUAUAAAGAAUGAUUUUUUUGACAUUUUUCUAAUACAGUCAACAUAAUUACUGGAUUUAUCUGUGCACGUAGAAAUAUAGUGUGUAAGCAUGUUUUUAUGGAACAAAGUCUUAUUGAUAUUUCUCUGCUGUUUUUUAAAAAUAUAUUUCUAUAAAUGUAUAUGCUUCAACUGAUUCAUUUUCAAAUCAGACAUCUUACCGUAAUAGCCCAAUUCUGACUUGCAUAAGCUUGACAAACUUUUUCAAUAAUUUAUGACCUUAAAAGAUCAGUUCCAGUGAUUUAUGAUACAAUUUGGCCAUAGAUUAAUUUUUAAAUAUUUGGAGCAAACUACAGUAAAUUAUUUGUAAUCUUAGCAUAUAAGCAAGGCCACAUAGUAAUAUCCAAUAAGAAAAAAGUUUUGAAAUCCAUGUUUCAAUACAUUCUGAUCUAACCUGUGACAUGCAAAUUUUAAUUUUAAAAGAAUUAUAUGGCCAGUUGCUAUUAACCAGGUCUUAUUGGUGUAUAAUAAUUGCUCAGUUGGAUUACAGAGAAUUUCUUCAGUACAAGAACUGGUGUUCAUAGCCGUGGAAAAUGAAGCAGUAUUUCUGAGGGGAGGCAGAAGACUUUUCAAGGACCAAUCUAGCAUAGAAUACUGAAAGGUUUUAUUUCUGCUUCAGUGUAUAACCUAGAAGGAAGUGCUUUGGCCCAUCUUUGCUUUGUUAUCGCAAUUCAGAAUAAUUCCACUGUUAACACAAUUCGGAAUAAUUUCACUGUAACUUCCUUUUUUGUCUCCAGUGUUUAUCCAUUUCCUGUAAGGGACUGAACCUUUACACCUCUAGUUCUAGAUACAUUCAGCAAGGGAAAUAUCCUCAGCAUCCAUUCUGUCAAGCCCCAUCAAUAAUCUUGUAACGUUUCUGUGAGGUUAAAUCUUUCCUUGUAAGUCAACCCUUCAUUCCAGAAAUCAUCCAAAUGAAUCUUCUGUCCACUGAGAUGGUUCAUUAGAUUAAUUUCUUGGAUGAAGUUUGUAGUACUUGUGUGUUCUCUCACCAAUUCCCUGAACUGUUGAAGCAAGAGUUCCCUAUGUCUGUACAGCACCAGUCUUGCAAUAAAGUUCAAUAGUCCAUUUGCCUUCCAAAUCAGUUAGUUAUAGGUAAAGUCUGGUACCUAUUGUGUGAUUUAUUUAAAACUCAUUGUCCAGGAUUUUGUAGUCAGGGUUGAAGCAACAGUGCUCAUUUAAAAUAAGAAAGAGCUAGCAAUCACUGGUUUAAAUUUUCCUCUUUCCAACAUUAUUAGUGUCAAGUAUUAGUUCAUAAAGCAUUCUGGCAUCUGGCAGUGAUGGGCUGGGAACCAGUUUAGCUACCUGGCCAUCAGAUUGGCCAGGUAGCUAAACCCACUAAAGAAUUUUCUUGGCAACAAACAGGAAAGGAAAAGCACCUUUUUUUUGGUAUAUUUAGCAGACAGCUGGAAUAUAAAGGUUCUUUAAAGUAAAAUCUGUUUUAAUAUGGGAAUUACUGUACCUGUACAUAAAACUAGAGCCUGAGAAUUUGCUAAGCAAUGAUUAUGUAAUCCUGCCACUUAAAACUUGCCUAGACCACUUGCAUCAAAGAUUGACUUUUCUGGGUUUUUGUUGCAUGAAAUUUCUACAUACUUAGCUUAGAAAUUGGAUCCAUUUUGUACGCUUGAUAAAAGUGAUUUUUACGCAGGUUAAUUUGCACUACUAAUUGUCCCAGUGAGACUACACCCAUCAGAAAAUUGGCCUAUGUAUUACUGUGCACUGAUCACCUUAACACAGCUGACACUUUCCCAGUAUCAAAUGGUGUACUUUAUGACCAUACAUCACACACUAAUGUUACCACCAUUGCCAGCAUUAACUGGACUUACUGUGUGCAACCUACAACCCUUGUUUAUCACUUUCAGAAAAAUUAGACUGACAUUGUACAGAGAUCAAUUAAACUUUGUAUUUUAACAUUAACAUCUUGCA